CUUAUAAAUGCUUGUAUGGGUAUCGUGACCUCGCUCGGCACGCUGAUGCUAUUCGGGAUGCCCUACAGUGAGAUUGUGGCCGUGAUGCCAUUCUUGGUAGUCGCUGUCGGUAUCGACAAUAUGUUCCUGAUGAUCGCUGCAAUUCGACGUACCUCCCGAUGUUUGCCGGUCGCUGAACGAAUGGCCAUGCAGUCAGUUGCCCGCUAG